ACAUCAUAAAUAAAUAUUUUCAGUUUUAGGUUUCCGGUUCAUGUAUUAAUCGACUCGUGAAUCUGUUGCAAAAUACCUAGUUUUCAUUCCAUUUGUUAUCGUCUCCGGCAUAAACGUGACUAUUUUUCUCAUUCCACAGUGCACAAUGUCGUUCUAUCAUUUAAGCACCAAGGAGCGCUUGCUGGCCAUCGUGGACGAUAUCGAAAUAAUCGCAAAGGAACUAAUCGAGAAUACAAUUGCACCGAAACACCAAAAAAUGUCCAGUGCGGAUCAUUCUCAACUGGUGGAACUUCUAGUCUCGAAGGAUAAGGAAAUGAAAUCAACUUUGCAACUGGCAGCCGAACAGGCCGGGAUUGAAAAGAAGAUGGACAGUAUCCGCGAGCAGGUUAAGAAACAAGACGAAGAAAUCAAUCAAUUGCAAAAACAAUUGAAGGAAGCAGAGCAUAUUCUAGCCACUUCCAUUUUUCAAGCUCGUCAGAAGCUGGCUAGUAUAAACAAAGCUUCCAAAAAAACAGUUUCCUCUGAGGAACUAAUAAAAUUUGCUCACCGAAUCAGCGCAUCCAAUGCGAUAUGUGCACCGCUAACCUGGCAGCAGGGUGAUCUUCGAAGACCCUAUCCCACGGAUAUCGAAAUGCGGCUAGGCUUUUUGGGCAAAUCAGAUUUAAGUAUUAAUGGGCACAACCUGCAGCAUCAAAACAGUCUUAACGAGCUGCACCGGAAUACGACGGCAGGUGGUAGUGCUACUGCUCCGACGACCAGUGAGAUCCCAGUGUCGGCUCAGAACCAAUUUGCCUGGCACCCUUCCGGUGAGUUACACAUGUCCAUGGGCACGGGUGCAGCGUCAGUACCACUGGACACCCGCGCUCACAAGGACGUGUCGCAGGACGAUGUCGAGGUCAUGUCGACUGACAGCUCCAGCUCAAGUUCGAGCGAUUCGCAGUGAACAUGCUGUAGAGGGUAAAAAAGAUUACGAUCGUCGACAAUAGCGCUAGGAGAGUGCCUAUUCGUAG